AUGACUAUUAACAUGACGUCCACCGAAAAAGACUCGGAGAAAAAUGAACAACAGACUGACACAGAUCCCAAAACAGAAACUGCGGAAGAUGAGAAAGCAGCCCUCGAUGAAUACACAACUAACCUAGAAUCGAGAGUAAAACAAAAGACAGAACUUAGAAACCAAAAUUUGAACUGUGUCCGACCCCCGGAUAACUAUUUCUCGAAAUUGGAUUCUGGUCUAAAGAAAAAUACAACAUUUGUGAAGAAGUUGAAGUCAUUUAGUGCAACACAAAUUGAUGCACUUUUAAAAGAUUUCAAUACACUAAAUCUCACAAAAUACAUAUCCGAAGUGGCUGCAGCUAUUGCGGAAGCUAAGCUGAAAAUGUCUGACAUUGCAGCUGCUAUAAACUUGUGCUCGGCAUUGCAUCGCACUUAUGCAGAUUUUUCAUCCAAUUUCUUUGAAAAUUGGCAGAAAAUUCUAACUUUCAAAGCUACUGAUAAAAUAACUAACUCAUCCAAAUUGCGUGUGGAUAUCCGGUUUUAUGCAGAACUGGUAGCUGUUGGAAUAUUUACAAAUAAGAUGGGCCUUCCAUUAUUAGGCAAUGUUCUUACUGUUCUGAUAAAUAUGGAUAAGGAGGAGCACAACAAUAUACCAAUAUUAUUGUCAUUCUGUAAACAUUGUGGGGAGGAUUAUGCUGGUUUAGUACCAAAGAAAAUCAGAGAAGCCGCAGAAAAAUAUAAUGUGACUAUUCCUAGAAAUCCAUUUUUGCCUGCUGAAAAACAAACAGCUGUCAGAACCCUUUUGAAGGAUUACUUUCUAUCACUUACUAAACAUUUACUAGCUGAGAGGACACAACUGCAGGCUUUGCAUGCAGCCAAUCAGAGGACACUUCAUACCAGAGGGGAGUUGUCACAAGAGAGAAAGGAUCAGCUGGAGCAGCAUCAGGCUACCUAUGACAAACUACUAGCAGGUGCUCAAAGCUUUGCUGAAGUGUUAGGUGAAGAAUUAGGUGAAGCUGGAGAACCUCCCACAUUGACCCUCACAGUGACUGAGACACAAGGGACUGUGACUAUUGGUGGUAAUGAAGAGUUCACCAUGCAAGCUGGUACUGAUCCAUGGCAAGAUGAAGACACCAGGACAUUUUAUACUAGCUUACCAGAUUUAAAAGUCUUCAUGCCAAACUAUCAAGUGAAGGAGACAGUAAAGAGUAAGCCUGAAACAGUAACAGAAGAAAUGUUAGAUGAAGAUCUGAAGGAAGAUGAACUGAGUGACAGCGAGGGACCUCUUCCAGUACCUGACAUGGAGCAAGAAGAGGCACAGCCAUCCAAUGUCUCCAACAAGUAUGCCCUGGAUGCUUUUUUGAAUGAACUACCUAACUGUAUUAACAGAGAGUUGAUUGACAAUGCUGCAGUAGAUUUUGUUCUGAAUCUCAAUACUAAGAACAACAGAAAGAAACUGACAAGGGUACUUUUCAGUGUUGCCAGAACUAGAUUAGAUCUAUUACCCUUUUACUCAAGGUUUGCUGCUAUCCUCUACCCAGUUCUGCCAGAUGUAUGUGUAGAUUUGUGUCAGAUGUUGAAACAAGACUUUAAGUAUCAUGUUAGGAAAAAAGAUCAGAUCAAUAUUGAAUCAAAGAUCAAAGUAGUAAGGUUCAUUGGCGAGUUGGUUAAGUUUAGUCUAUAUUCGAAAAUGGAAGCACUCUAUUGUCUGAAAGUCCUGUUGCAUGACUUUAAACACCAUCAUAUAGAAAUGGCGUGCAAUCUCCUUGAGACGUGUGGUAGGUUUUUGUACUGUAAUCCAGACACUCAUCAAAGAACCAUGAUCUAUUUGCAACAAAUGAUGAGAAAAAAGACUGUAUCAGCUUUAGACUCACGUUAUGUGACGCAAAUAGAAAAUGCAUUUUAUUAUGUGUGUCCACCUGAAGCUCCAGCUCAGCCAAAAGAAGAAGAACCUCCUAUGCAUCAGUUUAUAAGGAAAGUACUCCAUGAAGACUUGCAAAAAAGCAAUGAAGAAAAGAUACUGAGAUUGAUGCGUAAACUGAAUUGGGAUGAUCCAGAUACUGCAGCCAUUGCUAUACAGCACUUGGCAGGGGGCUGGAGAGUAAGAGCAAGUGCCAGGCGGGCUUUGGCAAGACUGACAGCAGAACUAGCUGCGUGGCAAGAGGCAGUGGCCCCAGCUGUAGUAGAUACUAUUCUGGAAGAGAUCAGAGUUACUAUGGAAGAUCCUCACCCAAGAUAUAAUCAGAGGAGAAUUGCUACAGUCAGAUAUCUGGGAGAAUUGUACAACUACAAGCUAUUAGAUUCACGAGAUGUUUUUACAGUCUUGUAUUCUUUUAUAACUUUUGGAGUAACAAAUGAUCACAACAAUGUCUCUCCCCUUGACCUUCCUGAAAAUGUGUUCAGAAUUAGGCUAGUCUGUGCCCUUCUCGAGACUUGUGGCGCGUAUUUUAACAGUGGUUCUAGCAAAAAGCGUCUGGAUUACUUCUUAACUUUCUUCCAAAAUUAUUAUUGGUUUAAACAAUCUGAUCCUCACUGGACUGAUGACAACAUGUUUCCUAUUUAUGUUAGGUAUAUAUACCAGGAAUGUUUGACGACAUUAAGACCUAAGCUGACACUGUUUACUAGUUGGCAAGAAUGUAAAGAUGCAAUAGAAGAAUUACGUCAAACAUUGUACCCAGAACUAGGGGAAGAAGAUAAUGAUGCAGAUGACCAGGGUGAUGACAGUGUUAAUGAGGGCUUGGACACCAUAAUUGAGACUGAUGAUGAAACAGACAAUCCUCAAUUACCAGAAGAGAGUUCUGAUGAGGAGCCUAUAACUGAGAACACUGGAAAUGACGAUAAUGAACUACAGCAAAAUGAUGAUAUUACAAUCGAACCUAGAAGACCAGCUCCAAAACCUGUGGAAGAUGUUGAAUUUGAAUCUGCUUUCGAGAAAAUGGUAAUGGAGAACAUAGCUGAACGACAGCGCGAGACUCGGCCACAACAGCGAGACAUCGCUGUCCCAAUGACUUGUCGUCAAACCACCAAAAAAACUUACGAACAGCUUUUGCAAGGCAAAGAAGGCGUUGAAUUCGUCUUGAUGGUACGGAAGGGUACUAAGCCACAAUACAAGUCAUUUAAUGCACCUCCAGAACUGGCCAGCAACCUACAGCAACAAGCUCUAGCUGAUAAACAAGAAAUGGAGAGAAUGAAACUUCUGACCUUAAACAUAUCAGAAAGGCAAGAAGAAGAGGAAUACAGCGCAGAAAGUGGAGGCGGGUCAGGAGGCAGCGGUAACCCCAAUAGAGGGCAACAUGUUCGACAGAAAUACCAGCAUCCCAAAGGCGCGCCCGAUGCUGACUUAAUUUUUGGACCUAAAAAAUUUAAAUAG